AUACACAGCUGUGAGGGAUUCAUAGAGCUGGGUCAUGAACAUAAAAACAAACCCAGUCAUGCUGAGGAAAUUGUUAAAGCCUCAGGGAAGAGAGCGGGAGAGGAAGAGAGACAGAUACACAGCCCUGAAGCAGGGAAACUCCCUCCUUGGUCUUUUUUCAUAGGGUGGAGGACGGACAAAAGAGUGUGCCCAGCAGGCUUUUAGACCGGCUAAAGCUCUGCCAACCGUGAUUUUAUUUCCAACGGGAUCAGGAGUUUAGUCAGUUUGCAGUUCAUCUUUUACGGUAAGCAACGCCAUCGAUGGGGUUUGUAAAAAGGGUGAGGCACAACAAAUGUGUUUUUCUUGGCUGGUAAAAUCUGGAGAGGAAUUUCUGUAGGCUGAGAACGCUACAGUCAGACAACUGACAAGGACACACUCUAAAGAACGAUACAUUGAAUACAAUCCAAGGUAACCAUGCCAUCUGGAGGAAACCAAUGGAGCAACAUCGUUCUGUUUACAUUAGCUUUGGCAGUCAUGUCGGAGGUCUGCAGGGUUCAGGGCUGCCGGACUGGCUCAGGGUCAGAGUGUGAGAAAGCCCCCUUUGUCCCGGGCCACAACCUGGCAGGGGAGGGUUUUGAUGUGGUGCGGAUGCGUCGAACGGGGGCAUACGUCAUCAAUGUCAAAGCUCAUCUGGCUGACAACAACACCUGUACGCUCUGUCCAAACCGCUUCCAAGGAGGACAGAUUCAGAGGCUCCCAGCUGCAGUGCUCGACUGGCGUCCCUUCAGCCGCUGCAGUAAGCAGCUUUCCAGUGCCCUCCACCACUCUGUGGACUCCCUGCUGCGUAGCUCCAACUCUCUGGUUAACAACAACUGGGGUGUGGGCUUGAGUUUAGAUAAUAUUGGCAAGGUACUGCUGGGAGGAAGCCGCUCAGACCUGGCAAAGUUUGCUCGUUCGCAGCACAGCGUGGACAAGGCCACUUUUGCCAUCCAUGAGAUCAGUUGCACCUACUACAGCUACAGGCUGGCUGAUCAUCCCCCGCUGAGCACAGAGUUCACCAAACAUCUGAUGAGACUGCCACGGAACUUAAAUACGAGCCAGAACAAAGCCCUAUACAGACGGCUGAUAGACACCUAUGGAACACACUACAUACACCAGGUCCAGCUUGGUGGUAAGGUGAGGCGAAUCACUGCCUUCAGGACCUGCCUGGCCACACUGAAGGGUUUCUCAGAGUCUGACAUCAAAAACUGCCUGAACUUUGAGCUCCGAAUGGCUCUUGGUUUUGUCCCUGGUAAUGCAUCCUUGUCCAACAAGUGUGACAACCUCCUGAAGGGUAACAUGAGCAUGGGCUUCUACCAAGGCUUCAUGACACAUAAGAUUGAGGUUACUGGAGGAGAGAGGUACUUUCCUGACAUCCUCUACCAGGAGGACCCGUCUGAAGCAUACCAGAGCUGGAUGAACAGCCUCCUCGACAACCCUGAUGUGGUUUCUUACGCCAUCUUCCCUCUGCAUCAACUGGUGGACGACGCACAGAUCAGUGCUAAUCUGAGAAGCACUAUCUCAGAGUAUAUUAAAGAUAACCAGCUGCAGGCGGAGCAGGCUGGUUUCAAGAACUGCUCCCCCACACCCAACCUGGACCAUAACUGUUGUCCUCUGCGGGCCGGCAGAGGAACUCUCAGACUAGAGAUCCACAGGGCUGCAGGUUUGAGGGCAGACACCUUCACGAAAACCGACGCCUAUGUGAAGAUCUUCUACAACGGUAUGUACGAAGAGACGGAGACGGUGAUGGACAACAAUGACCCAGUGUGGAAUGUGUCCUAUGACUUUGGAUCGGUGGAACUAGGUCAGGCCUUGAGGUUUGAAGUCUGGGAUAGAGAUGUGCUUUAUAAUGACAUGGCAGGUAUAUGUGUUGUCUUCCCUGAGCGAGGAUCUCGCGCUCUGAGCUGUCAGCUGAGCAAAGGAGUUCUCUAUUUCACCUACACAGUCAAAUGUGAUGCUCACCUCACAGGCUAUAGGUGUGGACGAUACUCCCCCAACGCAGAGUAGAUUAUUAGAUUACAAUGAUUUGAUGUAGAUUUCAGUACUUACUUUAUACAUAAUAUUAAACUUUUAAGUAUUAGUUUUUUCAGUAAGAGCUAGUCAACUGUCAUUUCCUAUAACUAGUAAACUCAAUAGUUGUUAAAGUGUUUGCUAUGUAAAUAUCUUGUAAUAUAUCAGUAUUAACAAACCAAAUUUAAAGUCCUUGUGCAUCCAGUGCACAAAAUAAAGUGAUUUUGAUUUAGGACAUUUUCAUUUGUGGGUUACUUUGUCUUAAGUCUGAUAGAGUGUCGUACUGUAAAACUUCAAUCAAAAGCCUAGCCCCAAUUUAACAACUUGUCCCUUUUACUAACCCAGUGUGGCUACACAUUUUGACAAAUGAAGGCCCAUCUCAAUUAGAGGCCUGGUCUGGUUGAUAAGCAUUUUUUUUUUUUUUAAAGCAGUUCUUAAGAUGUAUAAAACCAGGUUGUUGGCUACCUUAAAUUAUGUGUCCAUUCCUCCAUUGCCCAGUAAUUUAUUCAUAUUUCUGUAGUGCGUAAGGGUCCUCAGAACAAAAAUAUCAAAAGGGCUUUUAAUAAAAAAUAAUCAAAGUUGUGACUGUUUUAACAGGAUAAAGUGGGGUUGUGUUGGUACGCCAGGUGCCAUAAUCCUCAGGUGCCCCAACUCACUCUCUCUGAUGUUCUGUCAGUCAGAGCUAGAUCAAAUGAAUGAUUCAUAAUUGAUAUACAGUAUAUUCUAAAGCCUAGUUUUUAUACAAGUAACAUUCAUACUGGUUUAAAUAAACAAUUUGUAUUUCAUGAGCUUUGCUGAGCAAUAGCUUUGUGUGACAGUCCCAGAUAAAGGCCUGUUGAUUUCAGUGAUUAAAGCAAAUAAUAGCCUGGGCUAUUAAUUGAAGUUUUACGGCAUAUCAAUACUGCAUUAACAACCACAAGGGCUUCAUAUACUCACCAUUUCUACAAAGGGACUCAUUUGAAGUGACAGAUGCAUUUAUGUGACAUAUACUAUUAGAAAAAUAAUACACUAAAAAGUAAACUAUGCAAGAUGCAAGCAACUCGUGGCUCCUUUCAAAAUAACUGGAUUAGGUUUAAUUCAACAUCGUCUGGUCCAAUGGUUCCCAACCUUUUUUCUUCAGGGAAGUCUUUUCUAUCAUUGAGUAAAUUCACAACCCCUGACUAUGUGACAUAUCUCAUGAAUACUUAAUAUUAUAUUCAGUGCAUAACAAUAAUGGCAUAGAACUGAAAAACUGUACAAUUAACCCAAGCAGAGAGUGCAAUAACUGCAGGUUUCUGUAAAAUGAGAUUUGAAACAGAUUAUUUCUGGACAAUGUUAUAUCAGAGAUAAGUUUACCUGUUGUUUUUAUCAUUUAUUUAUUCUUUAUUUUUAAUUACAUUUUUUCAUUUAUAGGAUCCUUUUUUGACAAAUUCAGUGUUUUCUUCUUCCCAAGGCUUGACCAUUGUUUGAUCAAUUCUUGUUGUUUUAACUGCAUACUUUUCUCAUGCAGGACGAGGCUGUUAAGCUGACAGGGAAGGUUCUGUCUCACUGUGCCCUUGUCCUGUCAGCUUUUUUUUAAAGUUAAGAACGAAAUAGAAAAUAUCUUUAAUAUCCACCAGGGUGCAAAUCUUUAUCCUGAAGAAUAAUCUUAGCUUUAAAAAUAACAAUUUUAUUUAGUUUUUGCCACAGAAACGAAUAUAAAUCUGAGAUAAAGCUCUACUGUGUAUUUAUUUAAAAUGUUUUCUCACACCCCUUAAAAUCAGGAAUCAUCACCUCAUCACCCACCAUGAAGCCUUAGUGGAACCAGUGAUAUUCAUAGGUUUUUUUUAAAAUCCUUCACAUUACACAUUAUUUAGACCUCUUCUUUUAAAAUUAGCCAAUUUGAAUCACUUUGAUUAGUCUCAGUAGACUGCUGAUAAAUAAUGAAACUCAAAAGGGGCAGUCUUCAUCAGAUAUAUCUUACAUGGACUUCAUUAACAAACCUAUUCCAAAUGUAUAUCACAGACCCUGUUGUUGCCCAACCUGGCAUUACAA